CCCUCAUCACUUGCCAAUGUUCUUUCUCUUUUCUCUUCUUCAUUAGCAUUAUCAAAGCUUUCUGCAACCCUUGGUCACCUUAUAUCAAACAAUGCCCGUCCCUGUAAUACAAGGGGAAACCCUCCCCGAUGCAUGGGAUUACAAGGGCUGCCCGGCUGAGCGGUCCAAGUCUGGUGGCUGGACCAGUACCGCCAUGAUUUUAGGUGUUGAGGCAUGUGAAAGGCUAACAACGUUAGGUAUCGCUGUUAAUUUGGUAACGUAUUUGACGGAAACCAUGCAUUUGGGCAACGCUACCUCAGCCACCACCGUCACUAACUUCCUUGGUACAUCUUUCAUGCUCAGUCUUCUCGGUGGUUUUAUCGCAGACACUUUUCUUGGCAGAUAUCUCACAAUUGGAAUCUUCGCCGCUGUUCAGGCAACUGGCGUCACCAUCUUGACAAUCUCAACAGUAAUCCCAAGCCUAAGCCCCCCCAAGUGCACCAUGGACAACACCACAACUUGCAUCCCAGCAAGCGGCAUACAACUCAUUAUUCUCUACUUAGCCCUUUACCUGACAGCCCUUGGCACUGGCGGUCUCAAAUCAAGCGUGUCAGGGUUUGGGUCAGAUCAAUUCGAUGAGUCAGACGCUGAAGAGCGAUCCCAGAUGACAAAAUUCUUCAACUGGUUCUUUUUCUUCAUAAACAUAGGUUCACUUAGUUCAGUAUCCAUUCUAGUGUACAUCCAAGACAAUUUAGGGCGUGAAUGGGGCUACGGUAUUUGUGCUUGUGCUAUUGUGAUAGGGUUGGCCGUGUUUCUAUCGGGUACCAGGCGGUACCGUUUCAAGAAAUUGGUGGGGAGCCCAUUGACCCAAAUUGCCGCAGUGUUUAUAGUUGCUUGGAAGAAGAGGUCUUUGGAGUUGCCAUCUGAUUCAUCGUUGCUUUUCAAUAUUGAUGAUGUAGCUGAGGGAUUGAAGAAGAAGAAGAAGCAAAAGCUGCCCCACAGCAAGCAGUUCCGUUUCUUGGACAAGGCAGCGAUCAAGGACGCAUCUGUUCCAGAGGCAAACAAGUGGAACUUAGCUACCUUAACAGAUGUUGAAGAAGUGAAAUUGGUGCUAAGAAUGUUACCCAUUUGGGCAACCACUGUCAUAUUUUGGACCGUCUAUGCCCAAAUGACAACAUUUUCAGUGUCUCAGGCGACUACCAUGGACCGUCACAUUGGCAAUUUUCAAAUCCCACCAGGAUCACUCACGGUUUUCUUCGUUGGUAGCAUUCUUUUGACUGUCCCAAUUUACGACAGACUCAUUGUUCCAAUUGCAAGAAAAGUUCUCAAAAACCCACAGGGUUUAACCCCUUUGCAAAGUAUCGCAGUUGGUUUAGUUUUAUCCGUUGUUGCAAUGGUAGCAGCAGCAUUGACGGAAAUAAAGCGAUUGAGAGCCGCAAGGUCACGUGGUCUUACAAAUAAUCCGACGGCUCAAAUCCCAUUAAGCGUCUUCUGGCUGGUCCCUCAGUUUUUUUUUGUGGGGGCUGGGGAAGCUUUUACAUAUAUAGGGCAGCUUGACCUUUUCUUAAGGGAGUGCCCAAAAGGGAUGAAAACAAUGAGUACAGGUUUAUUUUUGAGUACCCUUUCAUUAGGAUUUUUCGUUAGUUCUUUGUUGGUUACUAUAGUUCACAAGGUCACUGGAAACAAGAAGCCAUGGCUACCAGACAAUCUGAACCAAGGGAGGCUCUAUAAUUUCUACUGGCUUUUGGCAAUUUUGAGUUGUUUGAACUUGGGAAUUUACUUGGUUUUUGCUAAAUGGUACGUGUACGAGGACAAGAGACUUGCUGAUGAAGGGAUUGAAUUGGAAGAAGCAGAAACUACCUUCCAUUAAAUGAAUAUGGGAGUUUCUUGGACUGGACAAGUCACUUUCAUUAAGAUUUUUUGUUUGUAAAUAUGUAUUAUAAGUCCUUCGCUGGACUUUCAAUAAGUUUGAAAACCCUUCACGUGUACGAAAAGAAUGGUAAAGGAUGAUGAGCAAGAAGAAUUUCAAGCAAAAAUGAUGAGUUCUUUUGUUUUAACUUGUUUCGAAAAAGAACUUCAAAAUGAAAAGUAUAGAAACUUAAAACUCAUUUCACAUUGAUUUGGGUGCAACUUAACGUUAACAUGUCAUGUAGUGACAAAUUAAACCCCAAUUGGUCGUUCUAGCAAGCUGAUAAUACAUGUAUGACCUGUUAGAUUUGGCACUUACACCUUAGAAAAAGAAUUCAAAAGUGUUCACCUACCUCGCAAAGGCUACCAAGCAAAUGACAAAGUGAAUGAUAGAGGAGGAAGAAGAUCGGGAAAAGGAACAAGAACCCGACGAAUCCCUUUUCCUAAAAGUUACAACCAGCUGAUGCGGGGUGGGGAAUCAAGAUAUAUUAUUCAAACAUUAAUUCAAUUAUUGUUUAGAAAUAAAGAUUAUGGUAUUGUCUACCAUAUCCUUGCACCUUGCCGGAUUCUCUCUCCCUCUCUCAAUAGGCAGAAUGGCAGCACAAAAAUCCAUGGCAAGGGCUGUUCCUCUCUUAAAUCCAUGUCAAAAUUAAUUAGAGCACAAAAAUGCAUAUGAUCAAAGUUUGGCACCAUCGAUAUUUGCAUGCAAGCAAUCACGUGAAAACCUUUCCUCCACUUUUAAAAGCCAUAUGCAUCUGGUGCCAUUUCGGCCCGUU